AGCGUGCAGACAGAAGUGAAGACCAAAUAUGACAGAUGUGUGCUCCGGCUGCAAGAUGCGAACGUUGGACAGUGGAAUUGGGACCAUCCCUCUCCCAGAAUCCUGCUCCUUCUUCUCCUCCAUCCUGCACCUCCUCCCCAAAUCCUCCUCCACCCCAGAACAGUCCCUUAGCCCCCACAGCAUCCCCAGUUCCUCCAGCGAGGAUGUGUCUCCUUCCCCGUUACCCCGAUGGAGAGUCCCCUCCGGCAGCCACACCAGGGUGCUGAACUCCCUGUCGGAGUCCUCCAUGACCCACGUCCCGCCUGUGCCUUUCCCCACCGUGGCCUUCCUCCAGCCCCUUCAGUCAUCGUCUGAACCAGUCAUGACCUCUGCCAGUGUGUGUGACACCAUCAGCAGGCUUCCCAGAACCCCUAAAGAAGGAAUGGAACCAAAGAAGUUGACUCAUAUCAAAUCCAAACCUAGAGCCACGCCGGGCCAACAGAAAGAACAGACGAGGCUUCAACUUGCCAAUUGGCUGGCUCUUCAGAUCCAGUGUUAUCAGUGUGAGGAGGUGACACACGACUGCUCCACGCCGGAGUUCAUUGUCAACUGCACCGUCAACGUGCAGGACAUGUGCCAGAAGGAGGUCCUGGUGAAGGACGACGGGAUGCACUACAGGAAGUCCUGCGCCUCGUCAGGUGCCUGUCUCAUCGCUUCCUCCGGGUACCAGCAGUUCUGCACCGGAAAGCUCAAUUCGGUGUGUAUCACCUGUUGUAACACGCCGCUGUGCAACGGCCCCCGGCAGAAGAAACGGCCACCGUCGUCCUCCGCCAUCACGCUGAAGCUUCCUGCAUUUCCUCUCUGCGUCUUCCUGCUGCUGCUGGACUCCGUCCUCUGCUGA